AUGACCGAUUGGAAAUCCCCCGUCGUCAUCGGGCAGGCGUUCUACGCCGCCCAGGCGCUCAUGUACAUCUGCAUCGGCAUCUUCGCCUACGACAUCUGCCAGUACUUCCUCUUCGACAUCAACAUGCUUUUCGUCAAACGCCAGCGUCGAUGGCCGCAGCUUCCCUACAUCCUCAGCAAGAUCUUCAUGAUCGGCUUCCUGUGCACCUCGCUCAUCUUCAUCACCUCGACCUGGCGCAUCAACUGCCAGGCCACCAUGGAGGCGAUCGAGACGCAGAUGGGUUUCGUCGCGGUUUCAUCCUCCGUGUUGCUGGCGUUCCGAGCUGUGUGCGUCUUCAACGGCAAGACGCGCACCGCCGUCUCGGUCCUGUUGGCGGUGAUGACGCUCGGCCUGCUCGCGGCGUGGAUGGAGGGCGUGACCGACAUCCAGGCUGAGUGGGUGGCCCAGAGCGGCAACUCGUGGACUGAGGGCGCUUGCAACUUUACCGGCAUCUCGGAAAACUACGCCAUCAAGUACAUCGUCACCAUCGUGUUCGACUUUGUCGUGAUGCUGCUCACCGUCGUCGGCGUGGUCCGAAUGAACUCGGGCUCGCGUAUCGGCACCAUCCUCGUCAAGCAGGGCUUCCAGUACUUCCUCGCCACCUUCCUGAUCAACAGUCUGGUGGCAGGUCUGACGCUGGCCAAUCUGAACCCGGUCAUGUCGCUCAUCUGCGCCAUCCCAAGUGCCACCGUGUGCGUCAUGUGCGCCACCCGACUUUACGUCAACCUCGCCGAAGAGGCCAAGCCGCGACCGGACGGCACGAGCUUUGCGGAGCUCAGCGGGUCGAGCAUGGAAAAGUUCAGCCGCUUCUUCCGUCGCACUGGUCAGCUCCACCCGUCCUUCGCCGGCAGGAGUGGGGCUACGGCGUCCGGCGCAACGGCCGUGUCCCAGACGGGCGUCAACUCGCUCAGCUACACCGGCGGCAACGUCCACCCCACCGCAGACGCAAAGAGCUUCGGCACCAUCUCGAUGCACGACGACGUCGAGGCGCAGAGACCCGCGGCGAUCGUCAGCAUCACCGAGGAGAGGACCGUGUCGCAUGACCCUAUGCCCGAGCACCUUGUAGGGGUCUUGGAGUCGCCCAAGCAGAGCGCGCAGGCGCAGUUCCCCAACCUGUCCAAGUCGUAG